AUGAAAUCUGGAAUCGGAUCAAGUGCUGUCUCUCUAACCUCGAAUAGCGGGUUCAUCGCUGAACAUGAUCGCACACUCGGCCUUCGCUGUCACGAUCGACACUUCCGCGAUGCUGUCGUCUACGACGAAAGUGGAACCAAAAUCUUCAAUCUCAAUGCCAAAGACAUGGGGACUUCGUGGACACUACGUCGUGGUCUUUUUGAUAGCGAGGGUCGCCAUGUUCUAGAUCUGCGUCACACCAAAAUGGGCUUGAAAACCUGGGUCCUGGAGGACCACAAUGGCAACGAAUUCUGCAAGAUCAAAGAUGUCACAAGCACAUCCGGCUUUACAGCAGUUGAUGUAGAAGUCCUGGCCGAUGGAAGCGAUACAUCCUCUAUCCAGAUACGGUCUUUUGACAAAGCUGGAAGUCGAACCACUUUUCAGGUAGAUGGAGCUACUAUAGUCGAGAUGACUCUAACGGAUAACAACGAUGCGUCGUUUCUGCACAAGCGUGGAUUGGAUCGAACAACUUGGAAACUCCAAGUGGUCAGAGGUGUGGAUAUUGCUUUGGUUGUGGCGCUGGCAUUCGCUCGCGUCGAGAUUAUGCACGCCUGGCGUCGUUAA